GCCCUCCCUGCGCCACCACCCACGGGCGGAGCCGCCCCGCCGCUUCCCCUUCGUCUUCCUGCCUUCGCCCUCCGACGGCCCGCGCUGCGUUGCGCUUCCUCCACUCCGCGCCCGCCAGAGAACCGCCGCCACCCUGCGCCCAUGGCUGCUUCGGAGGAAUGCGACGGAUCGGGCGUAGCCCGGCCGCACUACGGCUCUGUGCUGGACAACGAGAGGAUGACGGCGGAAGAGAUGGACGAGCGGCGCCGCCAGAACGUGGCCUACGAGUAUCUGUGCCACCUGGAGGAGGCCAAGAGAUGGAUGGAAGCAUGUUUGAAUGAAGAACUGCCCCCCACAACAGAACUGGAAGAAGGGCUUAGGAAUGGGGUCCACUUGGCUAAACUUGGAAACUUCUUCUCCCCCAAAGUGGUGUCUCUCAAAAAAAUUUAUGAUCGUGAGCAAACUAGAUACAAGGCCACAGGCCUCCACUUCCGUCAUACGGACAAUGUAAUUCAGUGGCUGAAUGCAAUGGCUGAAAUUGGCCUUCCUAAGAUUUUUUACCCGGAGACAACAGACAUCUAUGAUCGGAAGAACAUGCCACGCUGCAUCUACUGUAUCCAUGCACUCAGCCUGUACCUAUUCAAGUUGGGAUUAGCUCCACAGAUUCAGGAUCUGUAUGGCAAAGUGGACUUCACAGAGGAAGAAAUCAGCAACAUGAGGAGCGAAUUGGAGAAGUAUGGCAUUCAGAUGCCUGCCUUUGGCAAGAUUGGCGGGAUUCUAGCUAAUGAGCUGUCUCUGGAUGAAGCAGCAUUGCACGCAGCCGUGAUCGCCAUUAAUGAAGCCAUUGACCGUCAGAUUCCCUCUGAAACCUUUUCGGCAAUGAAGAACCCCAACGCCAUGCUGGUGAAUCUCGAUGAGAGCCUGGUCCUCGUCUAUCAGAGCACCCUCUAUCAAGCCAAGCAGGACAAGACAGAAAAUGCACGGAAGAAGGUUGCCUCAGAGGAUGCAGGAAGAGAGCGUGAUGUGUAUGAAGAGCUACUCACUCAAGCAGAGAUUCAGGGCAACGUCAAUCAAGUUAAUACACGUUCAGCCUUAGCUAAGAUUGAUCUGGCUCUGGACCAGGGAGAUGCAACUGCCUUGUAUAGAGUUUUGUCCUCAGCUGCCCUGGGCCUCCGUGCGCUGCAUCCCGAAAACAGCGAUUGGUACUUCAAGCAGCUUCUUCAUGAGAAACAAGAAAAGCAAAAGGAUGGCAGAGAUGGAGCUCUGCAAAAGGAGGAGUUGCAGGCUGGCAUCAAUCAGGCCAAUGCUGCAGCACAGCAGUACCAGCAGAAGCUGGCAGCAGUGGAACAGAUCAACGUGGCCAUCCGUAAUGGCCUUUCUGAGAAAACCGUUAUGGAGUUGAUGAAUCCCGAGGCCCAGCUGCCUCCAGUUUAUCCUUUUGCUGCUGAGUUGUACCAGAAAGAACUGGCCACCCUGCAACAACAGAGUCCAGAUGAUAAACUCACACACCCAGAGCUGUCGGUAGCUGUGGAAAUGCUCUCCUCAGUGGCCCUGAUCAACCGAGCCCUGGACUCAGGGGACAAGAGCAUGGUUUGGAAGCAGCUGAGCAGUUCUGUGAUAGGCCUAACCAAUGUUGAGGAUGAAAACUCCCAGAGUUGCCUUAGGAAUUUUGGCCAUUAACGAGGCAAUGGACCAGGGUGAUGUUGCAAGGACUCUCAGCUUCCUGCGUUCAGCUGAUGUUGGACUGUAUGGGGUGACUCCCGAAUGUGCCAAAGCAUAUCACCAGGAACUGACGGCAACAAAAAAUGUGAAGCUGGCUUCUG